CGUUUCUCGCAGCAAAUGGCGGAUGACGCCGGUGCAGCAGGAGGGCCCGGAGGCCCCGGGGGCCCUGGGAUGGGAGGCCGCGGCGGCUUCCGCGGAGGCUUCGGCAGCGGCAUCCGAGGCCGCGGGCGCGGCCGGGGCCGGGGCCGGGGUCGAGGCCGCGGCGCGCGCGGAGGCAAGGCGGAGGACAAGGAGUGGCUGCCGGUCACCAAGCUGGGCCGCCUGGUUAAGGACAUGAAGAUCAAGUCCCUGGAGGAGAUCUACCUGUUCUCCCUGCCCAUCAAGGAGUCCGAGAUCAUCGACUUCUUCCUGGGCGCCGCCCUCAAGGACGAGGUGCUGAAGAUCAUGCCGGUGCAGAAGCAGACGCGGGCCGGCCAGCGGACCCGCUUCAAGGCAUUUGUGGCCAUCGGGGACUACAACGGCCACGUCGGCCUGGGCGUGAAGUGCUCCAAGGAGGUGGCCACCGCCAUCCGAGGGGCCAUCAUCCUGGCCAAGCUGUCCAUCGUGCCCGUGCGGAGAGGCUACUGGGGGAACAAGAUCGGCAAGCCCCACACUGUGCCGUGCAAGGUGACCGGCCGCUGUGGCUCUGUGCUGGUGCGCCUCAUCCCCGCGCCCAGGGGCACCGGGAUCGUGUCCGCCCCUGUCCCCAAGAAGCUGCUGAUGAUGGCUGGCAUCGACGACUGCUACACCUCAGCCCGGGGCUGCACCGCCACCCUCGGCAACUUCGCCAAGGCCACCUUCGACGCCAUCUCGAAGACCUACAGCUACCUGACCCCCGACCUCUGGAAAGAGACCGUGUUCACCAAGUCUCCCUACCAGGAGUUCACCGACCACCUCGUGAAGACUCACACCAGGGUGUCUGUGCAGAGGACCCAGGCUCCAGCUGUGGCCACAACAUAGGUUUUUACACGAGAAAAAUAAAGUGGAUGGAGCCUGCACGCGUGUGUCUGUGACU